GGCAAGCCGAAUCGAAUAUGACACGUCGCCAUGUUGUUAUGAAUGGCGGUCCCUCGUCGCUGAGGUGGCAAGAAGGACUUACGUAAACGAUUUUGGCUGUAGCGCUGUCAAUUUCUAGCGUCACAAUGCAGAGGGGUGGUUUUCCAGUUAGAGCAGUUGUCCUUGCAUUCUUUGUGAUCGGAACGGUGUAUUUACUGUACCUGUAUAACUCCACGGUAGGUCGUCUGCGCGACACUGAAGUAACUGCUGAAAGGUAUCGAAGAGGAGAAGAAACCAAAGUGGCAGAGUUGCAGGUCGCACAUGAGCAGAACUCUCGAUUUAAAGAAGAAAAGCUUGUGUGUAAAAAGAAGCUUGGCGAAGCUAUCAGGAGUAAGGAUGAGCUGCAGGAAAAGUGUGACAAUGACAAGCGUGAGUUCACAAACCGGCUCAACUCCCUCAACCAGCAACAUAAGAUGCUCAAGAGUCAGUAUGAUGAACAUGAGGUAGAACAAAUGCGCUUGGAGCAAGAAGCAAGGCGACUGAGGGAUGAAUUUGAGCAAGUGGAGGCACAGCGCAAUAAUGAAUACCAGCAGCUACGAGCCGAGAAAGAAUUAGAAAUCACACGUCUUAAAGAUCAAAUUGCUGAUCUUCAACGACAGAAUGCUAAGCUGCAGACAGAAACUUCAAACUUGCAGGAACAGCUGCAGAAUGGGAAGAAGGAGGCGCAGUAUCAACAGGCUGUUAUCCAGAAUAUGAAUACAGAAAUACAAGCACUCAAGCAACAGCAACAGGUGGAGUUGGCUAAGGCCCAGAUGCAAGGUCAGCAGAAAGGAAACAGUCUUAACUUUCAGCCAGAGCAGCAACAGCAGCAGCAGCAGCAGCAGCAGCAGCUACAAUUCCAGAAAAACUUAGACAGUCUGGGUCAUCAGCAGUUCUUUCCUGAACAGCAAAAGAUUGUGCCUCCAGGAGCAGCUGGCGGGUUGCAAAAUGGAAUAGAUAACAUGAAUGCGAAUGUUGGUGGUCACCAGGAGAACCUGCCACAGAGGAAUGCAGAGAUGCUGGAUGCUAAAGAUGAAACAUUUGGAAAAAAUUUAGAAGAUGGAAAACAAGUAAUCAACCAAAGUAGCAGCAUUCUCAUGAGCAGAAAUGAUUCCCACUCCAGCCUGGAAGGUGAAAUGAUUAACCCUCUUGACGUGCAGGUGUCUUAUUCAAAAAUAAAAGGACUGAAUGAGACAGGUUAUCCGCAAGUCACUACCUCAGCCAGCAUUAUUGAAGAGAUAGAUAAUGUCAUUCAGUCAGCCGCUCAGUCAAACUAUUCCUCAGGACAGAGCACUACCACAGUUCCCAACAAUGUGACAGCUGAAUGCAUCAAGAAGUUCUGGACAACCAGCAUCACCAGAUGCUACCACCAGUUCAUGACAGCAAGAAUGAGAUCAAUAUUCCAGAUGCACCUGUCAAUGCCAAUGUGGAUGGUCACAUUGAGAAGGAAAUUUUAAAAGAUGAGGACCAUCAAGUUGUACCCCCUCUGUUCCAUGGGAACGACAAAGACAAGGAAGCUGAUUUUGUUGGCAGAAAACAGUCAGAGGUCCAGCCGCUGGGUUUGAAUCCAGCGAACAAACUUCAGAAAGAGAGCGGUCCACAGCA